AUGGAGCUGUCAGCCAUCGGCGAGCAGGUGUUCGCUGUGGAGAGCAUCCGGAAGAAGCGCGUGCGGAAGGGUAAAGUCGAAUAUCUGGUGAAGUGGAAAGGAUGGCCCCCAAAGUACAGCACAUGGGAGCCAGAGGAGCACAUCCUGGACCCCCGCCUGGUCAUGGCCUAUGAGGAGAAGGAGGAGAGAGACCGAGCGUCGGGGUAUAGGAAGAGAGGUCCGAAACCCAAGCGGCUUCUGCUGCAGCGGCUGUACAGCAUGGACCUGCGGAGCUCCCACAAGGCCAAGGGCAAGGAGAAGCUCUGCUUCUCCCUGACGCGCCCACUCGGCAGCGGGAGCCCCGAGGGGGUGGUCAAGGCGGGGGCACCUGAGCUGGUGGACAAGGGCCCUUUGGUGCCCACCCUGCCCUUCCCGCUCCGCAAGCCCCGCAAGGCCCACAAGUACCUGCGGCUCUCACGCAAGAAGUUCCCACCCCGCGGGCCCAACCUGGAGAGUCACAGCCAUCCACGGGAGCUCUUCCUGCAGGAGUCACCGGCCCCGGACGUCCUGCAGGCAGCCAGCGAGUGGGAGCCUGCUGAGCAGCCCCCCGAAGAGGAGGCAGAUGCAGACCUGGCCGAGGGGCCCCCUCCCUGGACACCUGCGCUCCCCACAAGUGAAGUGACAGUGACAGAUAUCACCGCCAACUCCAUCACCGUCACCUUCCGCGAGGCCCAGGCUGCUGAGGGCUUCUUCCGAGACCGAAGCGGGAAGUUCUGAAUCACCGUUUUUUACUUUUCUUAAACUGUUUUCUUUUGGGCUUGGGGUGGGGACUUCCAGAGAUGGGGAGGGGUUGAGGGUGGGGUAAUUAUUUUAUUUAAAAAUACGGAACAGGAGAAGGGGGAAGAUCCGUAUACUCUCCCACCAUCCUGCCCCUUUUUCUGUGGGCGAUGUUUACAGAGAGGCCUCCUGGUCUGUUUCUGGCUGGGGAUGGGGAGGCCUGGCACUGCUCUGUCAGUUUGGGUACCAUCUCCAGGGCAGAAUGGGGACAGGGCCACCCUCCCUUGACCACCUCCAUCACCAUUCUUCUCUAGACACAGCAGCUAGUCCUAGGAGCUACAGGAGGUGGAAAGGCCCCAGCCCUCUGCCUCGAGCAUCCCACCCAGCCUUUCUGGUUGACUUUUCCUUUUAUUUUUUUGGUGGGGAGGGGUCUUUAUUUUUAACCCUGCACUCCAGCUUUCGGUGAGGUUGGAGGCUGCCUUUGACCAGAGUGAGGGUCAGAGAGGAGGGGCAAAAGGAAGGGUUCGAGAUCGCUGCUGUGCGUCCUGUGUGUCCCAUACCCUUUAGACAGGUCUCUACCUUUCCCUGGGGCACUGCCAGCAGAGCUCCUGCUGCUGAGAGCUCCACCUCUUCCCCCAUCCCUGGCCUGUGAGAAACACUCCCAUGCACACUCAGCUGCAGCGCUGCACACACCCUGCCCCUCCUCCCCUAGUGAGUGCGUGCAUGUAACUGCAGGAGUGCACUGGGUCUUGCAAAUCUCCUGUUUAGAAACCCUGAUCAGGGGAAUGUGGGGUGAGUCACAGCGCAAAAGACCUUGCCCUGGGCACCACACACUCACCCCAUCUGGCAGGGCUCAUCAUGUGACAGGAUGUAGCCCAACCGGUUUUGCUGGAAGCUGUCAGCAGGGCUCUGGCCACAACAGAUGGCUUCUGCUGCUCCAGGGACACAGAUGUGCUUUCGAGACUUUACCAGGUGUGUGAACAUCUGGGCAGAUGGGCUGUGCAUCAGCACAGCGCUGGCUCGGAGGCGCUCAGACCCUGUGCUUCCUCCUGAGGGGCUCUGUUCUCUCUGACUCAGGUGACUUCUCAGCCCUUGCCACGCCCCCCUUUUUCUGCCCUCUUCUCAAUUCAGCCAGUGUUGGGUAUGGGUGUGGGUGGUUAGGGAGGGAGGGAGUGUCCCACCACCUUCUCAGGGCAGCCUCAACUUCCUGCAUCCUUCCUCCUUGCAUCCUGUGUCCCCUCUCUACCCGCAGAAGCUGGGGCUGGCCUUGUUUUCCUGUGGCAGGGCCUCUGCGUGUCUUCCUGCGGUCAGGCUCCGGUGGAUGGAGGGCCAGGCUGUUCACAAGCCCCACUCCACCUGCCUAGCAAGCAGCUGUAUCUGCCAGGCGGAACCACCUCUCAUUUUCUAGCUUGCACAAAUGCACCCUGUGGACUAGUAGCUUCCCUGGCAGUGAGCAGUGACUUCUGCCCUAUCCCAGCCCUGUAGGGGAGAAAAGGCCACAUGGUGGGGAGGUGAGGGGGAUGCACCAGGAGAGCAAGUAAAUGCCUGGCUCCCUCCACCCUCUGCCAUUCUGCCCACCCUCCAGGGCCAUCUCCCACCCUGUUGUGUCCUGAGGCAAGGAUGGGGCCCCUUCUUCCCGAGUUCCCAAACCAAAGACAGCCUGCACCCCAUUUCUAUUUUGGGUGCCCUGCUGGCAAGAUUCUCAAAUCCUUGGUCUCUCUCCCCUUCCUCCUUAAUCCUUCCUUGUCCAGGGUCAAUUCAGUGCUUCCAUUGUGGGACAGUCCCCUCGGGGGUGACUUGAUUCACCCCCAGACUGGGGAGUUGAAUCUAGAGGAUUAAGUGGGAUGGGUCAGGGAAAGGAGGGGCAGCUGUGGGACCCCUGGGAGGGGCAAGGCAGCUGGAGUUGGGCAUUCUCCCAGGACAGGGGCUCCUAGCAGAGGUGAGGGU